UUGCUAUGCUUGUCCAAACAUUUAUUUGGUUUAGGUUAAGUUGGCUCAGCCACAUACGUAUCCCAGUGCAAAUGCCAGCACAUUCACCUGUUGACAUUGGUUUUGGCUUUAGCUCACUACCGCCAUCUUCUGCACAUGUUAUUUUUGGCAAAUAGUCUCUUACUUUUAUGUACAUUUGGUUAUGAAAAUGCACUUUUCUUAUUAUUUUGGAAAGAAGAGUUUAGAACUCCAUCCUCUGGCUACAGCAUUAUAUUUAAUUAAUUAAUAAUACUUAUGUCUUACUUCAUGUACAGUAUUACUUGAGCCAUUGCUUUCAUCAACUCCUGUCUCCAUGGUGAUUCAACAUACAGUGCAUCCAUAUUGCAGUUCUUAGUCAUACUGCCAUGAAAACUUUAAUGUGAACAAGCUUAUAUUAAAGUUAUAAAUUCUGUGUGGUUAUGUAAUUUAAUGAAUAAACAUGGCUGCAUAUUUUUGCUCACCAGUACAACAAACACAACCAGGGCAUAUAUAUGAUGACCAUAUGGAGGAACUUCAUCCCUGUAUUGGUGAAGAGGAACAGGUGGAAAGAGAUAAGCUGAGGUCCCCUGAACCAACUGUUUCUGGAACUUACUGUUAUCUACCUAAAAAUGUGUCUCAGGAGAAGUCUGGUGUUCCUCAGAUGCAAGUACAAGAUGGGAAUGGAGCACCAUGCUAUUUACCUAAGCUUCAGGACAAGUUCCCUCCUCCUAAAGCCACAACAGCUGAGGGCCAGGAGUCACAGAAGAUGGGUGUGACUGGACCAUGGACCACAGGCCACGUAGACUGGGGACCACUGGCAGAACUGACCAGAACAAGACCAAUGGUGGACAAGUACUCAAUAACACGUUACAGUGAAGGAGAGUGGCGCAAACACAAUGCAGAUGUUCUGAAAGGCUCAGACAAGGAAACACAUCAUGCCAAAGUGGUGGACCAUAAUGGGCGACAGUGUGCAACGUUUACGGUUGCUGACACAAACAAAACACAGAAUGAAAAUACCAAACGACUAUCCCAUCGUGUGCAUGAUGUAUAUCGAUGGAAGGUUGAGUUGGAGCAUGCAAUCAGUACCAUGUCAGACGAGAUCAACACACUAGAAUUACAGAAACAGCGUCUUAAGACAGCGAUGGGAGUGCUGCACAUGCCAGAAUCCAUUGCAGGGGAAUGCCUCAGUCAAAGAACAGCACGCCUGGAGCCAGACAUCGUGAGAGACAAGGCUGAGGAGGAACUCAUUAAGGAGACAGCACUGAUAGGAGAGGCAAGGGACUUCAUGGGCCGCAUGCUGAAACAAAUAGAGGAGCAGCUGCAACACAAUAAAGCCAUCAAGAAGUGCCUCGAAAUUGACUGGAGUGACAAGAAAGAAACCUAUGACAUUGAGGCAAUUAAUGUAGGGCUACGGAAUACCAGCAAAACACUUCUCUUCAAACCUGGAGCUACACGCUUCCCAGAUGUACAGUCAACUCCUGAAAGUUGGGAGCACUACACGAGAGAAAACUUAAAUCAGUUGGAAGAAGAAUGUAAACGUUCAACUGAGCUACGACACUUCCUGGACAGCUUUAUGUCUGACAUGUCGCGUGACCUAUGCAUGCAAGCUGAUUGUGUUGACACAGCACUAGCAAUGAGAAUUGCAGAGACUGACGAGGCCAGACAGCGACUGGAGAAUGAAUUGCUGAAGACAUUAAAAUGCAUAGCUGACACUGAAAAAUUGAUAAAAGACUUGAAGCAAGCCAUUAUAAACCAAGAUCCUGCCAUGAAGAUUGCUCAGACACGGUUGGACAACCGCAUGUUGCGACCACGGCAAGAAAACUGCAGAGAUAUCCCACAAUAUGAGUUGGUGGAUGAGGUAAAGUCAAUAAGCAAGAAUGUGUCGGCACUGAAGGGCCAGCUGCAGCAGGCUGAGGAGUCACUCUGUGGUCUGGUAACAAUGCGUGCUGACUUAGAACAAGAAAUUAUUGUAAAGAGAAAGACCUUACAAAUAGACCGUGAUCGAUGCCAGAAAAUUCGCUCAUACUAUCCAUCAACAGUCACCCUUACAGGAUACUAGGUUUGUUCUCAUGUUAAAACAUAUAUAAGAUACUCAUGCUGCCUAAAAAAUAGCUUUUAUUUGUUCUCUUCUGUCUAAUCUACAUUUAUAGUAGCUAUUAUUUGUCAUGUAUUAUACAUCAAUCUUAUAAGUAAAAAAACAACAACUCAAAAGUAAUUUUCAGGAAGGAAGAAAUUACUAUG